AUGGUGGAUACGGCCCCUGCAGCGUUCAGUCUUUACGCAGCAAUACCAACCCUCGUGGUCAUGGGGAAUUGUGACAACUACGGUGAAAUACAUUGGACUUCUCAGAAGACAGGAAGGCGGGAAUAUCCGCAGAUACAUGCACCUGUCGUCCAGAUCCAACGUGCUUCGGCUACAUUAAUAUCGGCGUACAGAAUCGACACUGGGACCUCGUUCUCUACUCCACUCGUAGCCGGCGUUGUAGCGUGGCUCAUGGCGGUUGGAGAAAUGGCAAUGGGACCCGACCUCGUGUACAAUUUCCUGGCUACGACAGCUGGGUGGAGACGAUCGAAUGGUGGCGAACACAUGGUUUGGGACAUGGUUCCUUGGAAUCUGGAUCCACCAGUCUGGAACUUUCUCAAUGCCAGCCUUUCCAGAUCCAUGACCAAUAUGUCGAGAGUGGCGGGAGGAAUUUCUGCCGAUCUUAAGUGA